GACGGGGAGAGGGAAGGAGCCGACCAAGGCAGGCUGCGACUUCUCCCAGUCACUAGUCUCCACAACUCUCGAGCUCCCUCCUCCGAGCUCCCCGCCCUCCGACUCCGGCGGCGCCUCCUACACGCCAACCAAGUUAUAGAGGAGCGGGAGGGGCGGGGGGGAAGCGCGGGGAUCCGACGGCCGCGCGGCCGCGCGCGCGCGCACGCGUACUGCUCGCUGGGGGCGAGAGAGCUGCGGCGACCGCCUGUGGGGCGAACGGGGUCUCUGAGGAGAGAGAAAGAGGGACUCACGGAAGGGGAAGAGAAGCUCGAAUGUCUCACACCGAAAAGUACCAACAGUGUAGGAAGCCUGUUUUCUUCUUAAGCCUUGCAUCCUAUGCCUCUUGCCUCUCUGAAUCUAAUGGCUUGUGCAGAUGAUAUUCCUGCCACCUCUGGUGGAUGAUGACAGCUGCAGCCCACUGCUCUGGCUAAGCAAGCAUGCCAGAAAGCUUGGAGAACCUCAGCUGCCCUUUACAGAGCAAAAGUAUCCUCUUGAGUAGCUAAAGCUCGGACUUCUAAGUAAGGCAUCAAUGAGGAGAUCAUCCUGACUCUGUUGACAUCCUGAAGUAAUGCUCAGUGCCAAGAAAUCUCUUUGAACUUAAAAAAUCUAUUUGGCAAGGCCUCAUAAUGGGAUUAAUCUUACGAUAUGCUACAGCACCAACAGAUAUUGAAAGUGGAACUGUGUAUGAUUGUGGAAAACUGGCCUUCAGUCCAUCAACUCUGCUGAUUAAUAUCACUGAUCAAGUUUAUGAAUAUAAAUACAAGAGAGAAAUAAGCCAGCAUAACAUCAAUCCUCACCAAGGCAAUGCUAUACUUGAAAAGAUGACAUUUGAUCCAGAAAUCUUCUUCAAUGUUUUACUGCCACCAAUUAUAUUUCACGCAGGAUACAGCCUAAAGAAGAGACACUUUUUUCAAAACUUAGGAUCUAUUUUAACAUAUGCCUUCUUGGGAACUGCCAUCUCCUGUAUCGUCAUAGGGUUAAUUAUGUAUGGCUUUGUGAAAGCUAUGGUAUAUGCUGGCCAGUUGAAAACUGGAGACUUCCAUUUCACUGACUGUUUGUUUUUUGGUUCACUGAUGUCAGCUACAGAUCCAGUGACAGUGCUGGCCAUUUUCCAUGAACUGCACGUCGACCCCAACCUGUACACACUCCUGUUUGGGGAGAGUGUGUUGAAUGAUGCAGUGGCCAUCGUCCUCACAUAUUCGAUAUCCAUUUACAGCCCCAAGGAGAAUCCAAAUACAUUUGAUGCUGCAGCAUUCUUCCAGUCCGUGGGGAAUUUCCUGGGGAUCUUCGCCGGCUCAUUUGCAAUGGGGUCUGCAUAUGCUGUUGUCACCGCACUGUUGACCAAAUUUACCAAACUCUGUGAGUUCCCUCUGCUGGAAACCGGCCUGUUUUUCCUCCUGUCUUGGAGCGCCUUCCUGUCUGCGGAGGCUGCCGGCCUGACAGGAAUAGUUGCUGUUCUCUUCUGUGGAGUCACGCAGGCACAUUAUACCUACAACAAUCUGUCGUCGGAUUCCAAAAUGAGGACUAAACAGUUGUUUGAAUUUAUGAACUUCUUGGCUGAGAAUGUCAUCUUCUGUUACAUGGGCCUGGCGCUAUUCACGUUCCAGAAUCAUAUCUUUAAUGCUCUUUUUAUACUCGGAGCCUUUCUCGCAAUUUUUAUUGCCAGAGCCUGCAACAUAUAUCCCCUCUCCUUCCUCUUGAAUCUGGGCCGGAAACAGAAGAUCCCCUGGAAUUUUCAGCACAUGAUGAUGUUCUCAGGUUUACGAGGAGCAAUAGCAUUUGCCCUGGCUAUUCGGGACACAGAAUCUCAGCCCAAACAAAUGAUGUUUACCACCACACUGCUCCUUGUGUUCUUCACAGUCUGGGUGUUUGGAGGAGGAACAACCCCCAUGCUGACUUGGCUUCAGAUCAGAGUUGGUGUGGACCUGGAUGAAGAUCUGAAGGAGGAGCCCACCUCACACCAGGAAGCAAAUAACUUGGAUAAAAACACAACCAAAACAGAGAGUGCUUGGCUCUUCAGAAUGUGGUACAGCUUUGACCAUAAAUAUCUGAAACCAAUUUUAACCCACGCUGGUCCUCCACUGACCACAACAUUACCUGAAUGGUGCGGUCCAAUUUCCAGGUUGCUCACCAGUCCGCAGGCCUACGGGGAACAGCUCAAAGAGGAAGAUGUGGAAUGCAUUGUGAAUCAGGACGAACUGGCCAUGAGUUACCAGGAGCAAGCCACCUCGCCCUGCAGCCCUCCUGCAAGCCUGGACCAGAAAGCUUCCCCACAGACUCCAAGCAAGGACAACAUUUACGAGGGGGACCUCGGCCUAGGAGGCUACGAACUCAAGCUUGAGCAGACGCCGGGUCAGUCCCAGCUGAACUAAUGGUGAAUGGUGCAGAUGUAAUCCCAAGUCAUGGGGGGCUCCUGAAGGAAUACAAGCCAAGCUGGGGAGGCAGUGGUGAGGAGGGGCUGGACGAUGCAGUUAAGAACAUACAUUGGAGAGAAUCAAAACCUUGUCACAAGUAUCCUCUGGUGCCUGAAGAAGUGAGAAUUUAUUAUCAUCCCUUUAUAUUAUGCAACUGAAUCUAAGUUUCUGACAGCAGCCAUUUUUAUUAGUGAAUUGGGGGGGUAGGGUGGGGAGGGUUGAGACGGGAGGGAGUCAGGAAUCUAGCUGCUACAUGGAUGGAACAGAGGUGCUGGGUCUGCAGGUGUUUCUUUUCGGUAGGUAGCUCUCCAGGCCCUUCGUUUCGAUUUCGGAUUUUAUUCCCUUCAUUAGGGAGAGUUUAAAAAUCAGGGGGUAAAAGUUUCUGAGCAUAAACAUGUGGGCUCCUAAGCUGAAGGGAAUGCCCAGUUAUUUAGUAAGUGAAAUUUGUAUAUUAUAAAGACCUAGACUCUCACUUGCUCUUAAUGACUUCAGAGCUAUUUGCAAAGCCCACACAAGGGAUCGAUACCACUGCUGAUGGCCUCACAGAACCCCUGCUGGGUGGUGGCCCGCUGUUCUCCGUGGCGUUCUUCUCAAGCCACUUCUCCUAUUGAAGGAAGGGGUUGGUUGGUUAUAGCUGGGCAUACACUGCACUCAAUGCAGUUCUACUCUGCAACUUGGUAGGACCCCCCCCCCCCCCAGGGAAAGCUGUUUUCUUCUCCCCAUACUAUAUUUUAUCUAAAGAAUGAGCCUUCCUAUCCCUGCUUGCAUUUGAGUCACUUCUUGGCCCUUUGGCAGGUCCCCUCUGUAUGCUGGGUAAUGAGAUUCACAGUACAGGUUGUCUCUACAUGGCAGGAGCCAGUGCAGGAAUCCCAACCUGUCCUCCGAUUCCAACACUCACAGCUGAUGAGCAAAAGCAGAAGCUAGAGGAGCAGAGCUGAUGAUGCGUAGACCACACUGAGGAGGCAAGGACGCAGCAUCAGGACUCCCCUUGUGAGAGGUGGCUCAUGGCCCAUGACAGGGAGACCAACACAAUAGCUUUUAAUUCAGCUGCAUGACCUGUGCCUUUGAAGCCAUAAAGAUACCUCAAACCUAGCUUUUCUUGAAAUCUUAGAUGUUAAUAUUAAAGUCCAAAAAAAGUAGGCUCCAAUCUUCAGUGCCCAGGCUAUGAUGGGUCCGCUUCUGGAGGAGGUAGGAAAUGAUGUAUUCCUCAGGCCCAAAGCUCAGAAGUAACAUAUGCUUUGCUCACCAGUUGUUAGGCUAUUAACCACGGUGGUGUCAGGCACACUGCUAUGUACAUCGAUUUUCUUACUUUCUAAACAGUACAGGGCACAAAUUGUUUUAUACUCAGCUAAGUAUAAUCUGGUCAUUCCAGGUAAAUAUGGCAAAUGGCAAAGCAUGAAGUUUUCUAAUGUGAC